UCUAUUCUGCAACUAUUAAUGAUUAUGAUACUUAUUAUAAUGUUUUAGCCAAACAUUUUGGAUCAAAUAUUGUUGAAAAGUAUUAUAGAUCUAUGCCAAGUAAAGAUCAAAAUAUAGAUCUAAAAAAUUAG